AUGGCCCCGCAAGAAUCUGGAUUUAGACCUGGCCACGCUACAUUAGAUCAACUAUUGCAUCUACGCGCAGCCCUCACAAGACCCACCCCUGAUUCGCGUACAGGUGCAGUAUUCGUCGACUACGCCAAAGCCUUCGAUACAGUAGACCAUGAUCGUAUAGUUAGUGCGAUGCGAGAGAUGGAUAUCCCACCGCACAUCAUUCGAUGGUCUGCAUCUUUCCUGAAAGGACGCCAAGCCAGAGUACGAGUAAACAGUAAAUCCUCUCCUCUAAUGCUUUUCCACCGUGGCGUGCCACAAGGAACAGUUCUCGGCCCACUUAUGUUUAUUACAGUAAUGAACGCACUAAGCAAACGAUUAUCCCAAGUUCCCUUAUUGUUUCAUGGUUUUUCGCCGAUGAUCUCACACUAG